AUGCCAGACCAAUCCAGCCCUUCCAACAAAACAGUGCUAGCCUUUGACGUCUAUGGCACCCUGCUCUCCACCGAGAGCAUCGCACGGCAACUUGGCUCUUACAUUGGCCAGGAGAAAGCGCCCAGUGUAGCCGCAGAAUGGAGGAGGCUCCAGCUCGAGUAUACCUUUCGAUGUAACAGCAUGGACACAUACAUGCCCUUCUCCACCGUGACCCUUGGAGCCCUCCGCCACGCCCUCUCCCUCUCCUCCCUCUCCCUCCCCAGUUCUGUCCUACAGUCUCUCCUUGAAGCCUACAACUCGCUCGACACUUUUCCAGAUGUUGCUCCCCUUCUCUCAUCCCUCACCACCUCCUCUUCCUUUUACCCCGUGCUUUUCUCCAACGGCACACAUUCCAUGAUCCACACCUCCCUCACCUCAUCCCCUUCGUUAUCCCCCCACGCCCACCUCUUCGCCGACAUUGUCGUCGUCGAGGAGGUGCGGAGAUUUAAACCCCACCCGGACGUCUACGCCCAUUUGUGCGAGAGGGUUGGGAAGGAAGCGAGGAGGGGCGAGGUGUGGUUGGUCAGUGGGAAUGCCUUUGAUGUAGUGGGCGCAGCGAGGUUCGGGAUGAAGACGGCUUGGGUUGAUAGAGGAGGGGGCGGAUGGGUGGAUUGCUUGGGUGCCGACGAGGGGUGGAGGCCGGAUGUCGUUGUCAAGGGCGUGGGCGAGGUUGUUGGCGCUGUUGAUAGAUUUUUGGCGUCGUGA